AUGCAAGAUGAUGAGAACCAUGCAGGGCCGAAAAGACGGAGGAGGUGGUGGUACAAUGCUGUAACACGCAAGCUGGACUCCACGUCCAGCGGGCUGCCCGAGGUGCCGUAUUUCGCCCCGUGGAAUCCAGACGAUUGCUUCCGAAGGAACCAGCGUGGCGCGCGGGUCGCGCAGGCUCUUGAAGGGCUGGAUUCGUUGCAGCGGGCAGGAGCGGAGACAGAUGAAAAAAAGGAGCUAGGCAUAGGCAUCAAAUGCAGAGGCCGGUGGACGUGGAGCUCUUGGAGAAUGCGGGCCCGCCCGCUGCUCAGCGCCUCUCUCCAGGGGCUGUCGCCUGCACAGCUGGCACUCUGCGCCGAGCGAUUUGCCGACGGUCGAGGCCGCGGCACCACCUCUCGCUUCAAAGCUGAGAAAAGACGAAUAAGUGGAGUUUUCUCCAAGCUUACCAGAAAAAAGCCAGAAGGAAUGACGGAAAGAAAGAGCGAAAGACAGAAAUACGUAAAUGAAGAAAGACAGAAAGAACCAAAGAAAUAA